AUGGCUGAGAAAUUAUGUAAAUUCCUUCUCGAGGUUGAUGGAUAUUUUAACAAUGAAAAUGUCGAUGAAAAAAAAUUUAAUGCAAACAGUUCAUUUGGAUAUAGAUGCCCUUAUGAAAAAAAGGGAAAAAAACAAAUACCUCGUGGAUGUAAAAAUAAUUAUGAAAGAAUUAACGCUGUAGCAGGAUACUUAUACCAAAAUUUGUAUCAAAUUUCUAAUCAAUUAAAUAAUGUAGGAGAUCAUCAUAGCCAAUAUCUUGAGAUGUUUAUUAUGUGGCUAGGAGAUAAAUUAUAUAAGUUAGAAAAAGGAAAGGAUGCAACCAUUAAAGAAUCUUAUGAAAAGCAUUUAAAGCCUUUUAUGUCGGGAUUUAAUUAUUGGAACGUUUUAAAUAAUAAGCGUGUUUAUACAGAAGCUAAACUUUGGUAUAUGAAUGAAUUUUAUAAGUUAUUUAAUCAUAUAUGUAAUUUAGUUAUAGAAUAUAAUAAAACCCACAAAAACACGGAUACCAGUAACCUUAUAAAUUAUUUCAUGCAAUGCGAUAAAACAUAUAAAGCACUUUAUAAUAUCGUUAAAGAUUGUAAACCAUAUCUACAUUUAUUGGAUAUUUUAAAAAAAAUAUAUGAAGAUUUUAGAUUUGAUAAAAUUAUUAAUGAUAGUACAAGACCAUUAUUAUCUAAUCAUUUUAAAUCUCUUAGAACGGGUAAAAAUAAUGACGAAUAUUUUGUAACUCAAUCUAAAGACCUUGAUUUUCAACAUGAUGGAUGUGUAAAACGUGAAAUACCAAAUGACCAAAAUUCCAAAAAAGGUGUAACAGGUGGUAAUAUUGGUGGAUCACAAGGCAAUAUAAAACUACCACCUGUACAAAACCCCGCAGCAGCUAAAAAACAACCAGUACCUGCUCAAGGACAACAAGGAAAAACACCUGGAAAACCACCACCUUCACAAGGACAACAAGGAAAACCAUCUGGAAAACCAUCUGGAAAACCACCUAGAAAACCACCUGGAAAUCCUCCUGUAAAACCAUCACCUGCACAGACAGGAGCUCCCAAACCACAAACACCAUCACAAUCAUCUUCAACAUCUUCACAAAAGGGUACUUCAUUAAAUGGAUCUCAAACAUCGGGGCAACUCCAUCAAAAUGGGGCAGGCAAGGGAAAAGGAAGUAAAGCUAGUGAUACAGGAGUUUCAGGUAGUGGAGGAGGUAGUGUAACCGAAGGUGCAAGCGGCAAUAAAGUACCCUCAGUAGGUGGAAAAUCAGUUACAGAUAAUGGAGGAAGUGGUGUAAUAGGAGCUGGAAAAGGGGGUGGAGAUGGAAAUAAAGUAGAUACAAAUUCCAAAAAAGGUGUAGCAGAUGGUAAUAUUGGUGGAUCACAAGGCAAUAUAAAACUACCACCUGCACAAACACCAGAUAUAAAACCAAACCCACCACAUACAAAACAUCCAGCACCUGUACAACCAGUAUCACCACAAAAAUCAAAAGGGUCUGUACUAUCUGCAAAUGUAAAACAAGUAUCUGGAGACUCACCAGGUGGAAAACCAGCACCUACACCACCACCACUUCAAACAUCGGAAACAAACGAUCAAAGUGGAGCAAAGGGUUCAGACAUCAAGAAAGGAAAUAAAGUUGACGGAUCCAAUGUACCAGGAGGUGGAAUCAGUCAUCCAGGAAGUCCAGAUGGAAAACCAAAAAAUGGUGAACAAAAGAAACAAAACCAGGUGGGCACCCCCUCACCAGGCCCUAAAGCAGGAAGUCAAGGAAGUUCAGGUAGUCAAACAAAAGAUUCCGAGAAUUCAUCACCUGGUUCAAAUGGUGCAGGUAUAUCACAAUCACCAGAUACAAUGCCACCACCACCUACACCACAAGGGGGUCAAAAAUUAGGGACAGGUCCUCAAAGAGGAACAAAGGAUUCAAACAAAGGACUAGACCCUUCUAAAAGUGAGAAAAAUGGAGCAGGUAUUCAGAAAGGAAAUUCGGAUAGUGUAGAUACUGGUAAAGGAGUUCCAAGUGUUGAUACAGGAGCUUCGGGUAGUGGACCAGGUGCUGGAACAAGAAAUACAAAUAGGGGAUCAGGAGGUACAUAUAGUCAAGUAUUAUCUCCAGGUAGUGAUCAAGGAGUAUCGAAUGGUGGAGCAGAAGGUUCAGGAGAUGGGCCAAGCGUUGAGAAAGGAGAUACAGGUAGUGGAACAACUGAUGGAUUAGGAACCUCCAAUACUGCUCAAGUAAAUCCAAGUAGUGUUCCAGGGAGUUCAGGAGGGACAUCAAAAGAUAACUCACAAACGAAAAUAAGCAAAGUGGAUGACCCCUCAUUGACUUCCCAAGUAACAAGGCCGGGAAAUCAAGGGAAUGUGGGAGGAAUUCCACCAAGCGUGCAAAUUACCGGGAAAGAUCCACCAAGCAUUAUAGAUAAUGGAAAAGGAGACACUACAGAUAACACAAAUACUGGAGAUAGUGAAAAAAAAGAUUCAAAUAGUGUCACAGUAAAUAAAGGGACUACCGAAAAUAACAAAAUCGAUCAACUUAAAGGUACAGAUCAUACACAAGGAAGUUCAAGUAGUGUAACAGGAGGUUCUGGCAGUGGGCCAGGCGCUGGAACAGUAGGUGGAUCAAAUAGUCAAGUAAAUACAAAUGUUGGGAAAGGAGGAAUUCAAACACUAGCAACUACUCAAGUUACAUUACCAAGUUCUGAUAUAAGUCCUUCAAAUAUAGGGAAUGGAAAUAAGACUCUUGGAACGGCCAUUAAAGUGAUCGAAAAACUAUCAAUAUGGUGUAUAGCACAAAAUAAAAAAUGUAACAUAGUAGGUAUUGGUAUUAUAGGAUUUUCAAUAUUCAGUUUUUUAGCAAUUAUGUAUAAGUAUUUAUCAUUUGGAUCAGCAACAAAAUCGAAAAAAAAAAACAUGAAGAGAGUUAUAAAAUUAGUUGAUGGAAACAAAAAGACAAAAAUAAUUAUAAGUUCAUAUGAUAAGAAAAGAGGCCUAAAACUGAUUAUAAAUUCAGUUGGUGGAAAAAAAUAUCCAUUAUUAAAUAUGUACAAACUUAUGCAGACCGAUCCUAUGCCAUUUAUUAAUUUAUUUUUUUUGUUAAUUUUUUUUGUCUAUAAAAGAAAACGAGAUACCAUAGAAUGA